AAAGUAGUAAUUUUUGCAAUGUCCCCAUAUAAUGAUGUGACAUUCAAUUUAGAUAAGCAAUAGGUGGGUAAUCGCAACGCAUUUUUGUAAAACACUUAAUAGGUAUAGGUAAAGUAGUAAACAUGCGUUUAGUUACAUGUCAGCUUUGUUAUGUGUUUGUUUUUUUAAUAAGUUUUGCUAACGCUCGAAAUCGUAUUGUUGGGGGUAUUGAAACAAACAUUGAAAAUUACCCGUACCAAUUACAACUUCAUCUAAAUGGUCAUAUGAUUUGCGGAGCAGUCCUAAUUAGUAACCAAGUUGCUUUAACAGCUGGGCAUUGUAUUUUGAAACCAGGUAAUUACGAAGUUAACGGAGGAACUUCCUAUUCAAAUAAAGGAGGAACUUUAAAACACGUUAAAGAAGUUGUGUUGCAUCCAUCAUGGACUAUGGCAAGAUCUGAUUAUGACCUUGCCAUCUUAAGACUUGACCAUCCAUUUAAGCCAUCCAAUAAAAUUCGCCCUAUAAAACUGGCAAACGCUUAUGCCCGGCUGAAUCCAGGUACCAAAGGAAACGUAACAGGUUAUGGGUCUGUCAAUUCGAAGGCAACAAGCAUGUCAAAGCGUCUUCAUGCAGUUGAAUUGCCGAUAGUCAACCAAGAAGAAUGCAGAAAUGAUUACGGAUAUGUGAAUCCCAUUACCUCCAGAAUGUUUUGUGCUGGGUAUAAAAACGGAGGAAAAGAUGCAUGUCAGGGUGAUUCAGGAGGACCUUUUGCAGUAGACGGUGUUCUAUACGGGAUUGUAUCUUGGGGAUUGAACUGUGCCGAACCAAACCAUCCUGGAGUUUUUACCAGCAUCCCGGAAUUAAGAACCUACAUAAAUCUUAACACUAAAUUGUAAAACAAGACAUUUUUCUCUGCUACAACGCAAUAACAUGUACCCAGGUAGCACACUGACGUUUAAAUGACGUUGAAGAGACGUCAUUUAAACGUCAGCAGACGUCAGUAUGCUACCUGGGUAAAUGGAUAUUUUAAGGAAAUAAACCUGUACUUCUGUGUAGGUAUGUAUUUGUUUUUUUGUGCAGACACAAUGAAAUUUUCCACCACAAAUUUCAGAUGUAUAUCUACAUGUUUAAUGGUUAAAUGCAU